CUGCAGAUACACAUCUGGAUUAACUCUGGGAACUUGCUUUGGAGGAUCCCCACUGCCACCAUGUCAACAUCUGUACAGGUGGAGCCAGUCAUGGAGAUAAGGUACGGAGGAGUUGGCCGCUGCAAAUGCUCCUUCUGGUUCGCAGUGGCCCACGACAUAAUAGGUGUCUUCAUCAUGAUGGUGGGGGUGUUUGGAGGGCUCGUUCUCCACGAUUUGUUCAUCUACGCGGGGGCUAUCGUCAUCUUCCUAAGCCUGAUCUGGUGGGUGUUCUGGUACUCGGGGAACAUCGACGUGCCACCCGAGGAGCUGGAGGACGACGUGGGCCUGAUCAAGCUGAAGAACCGUGGACUCAGCCAGGCAGUGAGGCGCGUGUCCGACCGCCUCUCCAGCAGGAUCAGGAACUCUUUCAGAAAGAACAGCAGGUCCGUCAGAGAAGCCCCCACAGGCAACAACACAGCUUCAAACAUUGGUACAGAGGUGUCGCUCUCCACCAUCUAUGACAGCACCAUCGCCUCCUCGCCUCAAGGAUUAGUGAGAGAGACAUUGUCAGUAUGAGCUAACCCAUUGCAGACUGUAAAAAAAUGCCCCGGAGAGUCACUGAACCUGGAUCUUUAUAUUUGCUUCCUUUGCUCGUCAGGUUAAAAGGGAAAUUUUUCUUUCUUUCUGUGUUUGCUUUGCUAACAUGCACCAGUAAUGAUUAGACAACAUUGAAGUCUUGUCUGGAUAACAUCCACAUGUUCUUAUCUAGCUGAUAAGAUGUCAACUUUGCCCACUAUAACACAGUGUUGCUAAUGGCCCUGAUUUAGAAAUCUCAGCAUGUAAAUAGAAAAAUAAAGGGUAUAAUAAGUUAUGAUGAGGCUGACUUUUAUUUGGGUAGUAUGUGACCAGAAUAUUUAUUUAUUUUGUGAAUACUGAUAGAUUGAAACUUUAUAAUCUCACCUGUACAGAUAAAAUAUGUUCAAAAAUGUCACAAUGUUCACAACUGCACCGAAAAGUCCCUGGAGGUUUUGAAGUCUCACAUGGUGAUUGUGUAUUUCAAUCUCUAUUUGGAAACUGGACCGUGAUAUCACAAUUUUUUUGCUUGAAGGUGCACUCCCCCACGUUCCUCUUUCUGCAAAGCAGUGAGAAAACAGCCAUUUAGCUACAAUCUCUGCACGCGCCAAUCUGUAUCCAAGGGGAGUCCUAUAGAUUCAUUAUUAUUGUUAAAUAAUGUUGCUCUGCUUCUGUAUAGUAAAUAAUUACACAGGAGAUGUCCAGGAGUGUGGCAACACCACCUCUCUAAGAAAUAUUUGACUAGCCACCAAAAAAGCUGUAAAACAUUCUAGUUGUUGACGUUUUUACAACAUUUUAUUAAGUUAUUUAACCGCCUUAUAGACAUCUCCAGCUGCAGGGAGUAUAAUUCUGGUAGAGAAAUUCUAAAUCCCUUUAUGUACUAAAUAUUGAACUCUCUUGAACCUAUCUACCCCAAUGUGUCGUCACUCACUUAUGUUUUUUUAAUACAAACACUAGUAGUAGUACACCAAUUGUUCUAUAUCAAACAGUGGAAAUAAAGUUGUGUGAUUCUACCUUCA